GUCUCAGAGAUUUGAUCUCAAAAGGUUACAUUACUCUUGAAGGAUUAAAUCACUCAAUCAAAACAUUCCCUUACAAGUACUCUGACAAGGUCAACAAACCAAAGGCAAUUCUAAAAUCAGGCCUAGUUAAAGGAUCAAUUGGGGGUAAUGGUCAUGAAAAUUGGUGUUUGUUGCGCUUACUUCCUUUAAUGAUUUGGGAUUGCAUCCCAGAACACGAGCCAUCAUGGGAAAUAUUAAUGGAUCUAAAAGAAAUUGUAGAAAUUGUCCUAUCACACAGUCUCUCUGAAGAAACUCUGUGUUACUUGUCAUGUAAAUUGGCAGAUCACCGCUUGCUUCUGACUUCCACGUUUCCAGACUUCAAAUUAAAGCCGAAGCACCACUUCAUUGACCACUACCCACAACUGACAAAAUGCUUUGGACCUUUGGUGAACUUGUGGACUAUGCGAUAUGAGUCCAAGCACUCAUUCUUUAAGAAUGUAGCACGUGAUGUUCACAAUGUGAAAAAUUUGCUGCUUACUCUUUCUGUUAAACAUCAGCAAAUGAUUGCCUAUCAUUUGAAUGCUCAAAGCCUUUUGAAAUCAGAGUUAUAUGUUGAAAAAGUGGAUGUGGUUAAAAUAUCACUGUUAGAUGCAAAACUGAAAUGUGCUAUACAAGGAAAGUUUCCUCAUGUGUACACUGUGUCACUGUCCAAAAAUGUUUGGCUGUAUGGAACUCAAUAUGCUAAGGACAUGAUUAUAUCUGCUGGACAAUGCAAUGGACAGCCUGAGUUCUUCAAGAUAGAGCGCAUGUUGCUCUGUCCUGACAAAGUCUCCUUUGUAUCUAAAAGACUUUCUGCCUGGUAUAUUGAACACUUGAGAUCUUAUGAACUUGUGGAAAGCAACUAUGCUGACAUGGUUGUACUUGAUCUUGAUGACUUAAAUGAUUAUCACCCAUUGAUUCCAUACAGGCUUAGAGACCGAGUCCUUGUGACCCUGAGGAUAUACCUGCACCAUUAAACUUGCCUGAUGGCUUUACUACUGCGAGUUGUCAUUUCUACAACUGAUGCCCGGCGACUUCAGCUUUUUGAAGUGCCACAGUCUGUGGAGUCCCUUAUUAGUAUUCUGAAGGAGAAACUGCAGUUACAAGGCCAGUUCGUCUUGCAGUUUCAGGACCCUGAUUUUGGGAAUGCCCUUUGCAGCCUGACUGACAUCUCGGAACUGCCAAGUGACAAAGCAGUCUUGCAUAUUCAGUGGUGCAAUUCAUCAUUGUCCGAACCCAGCCUUUCUGUGUCAUCUCUUGAUACUGCUAGUGUUGAUGACUCUGAUGGAUCCUUUACCAGCUCCACACCCUCUGUACAAAGGUAUUUGCGCACAGCCUCAGAAUGGCCACUGCCAUUCCCCAUCCCACCCCUGUCAUUUGAUGUCGAGCUAAAACUACGACGAGGGAAUGAGACAUAUGCAGAAACACAGACAGGCAUUGAUGUGACCAGAGACAUAAAGAUGGAGAUUCUUGAUAAAAUAGUUCAGGCUGUUUUUGACAUAAAGGCAUAUCCCAACAAUCAAGAAAUUGAGUCCAUUGCAUCUGCACUGAUUUCCAAGUAUCCAUGCCUUAAGGAGCCUGGCAAAGGUAAGGGCUAUGAAGGAUGGUUGAUCAGCCUAAAGAACAAGCUAAACAAUUACCGUUCAAAAUUGAGAGCAGCAGGCUGCAAUGAAGUUAGUGUGAACAAGAAGCGUAAGGAUGUUGAACAUGGACAUGGUUUCACCAUGAAAAAAGCAAAGCGUGGAGAAGUGAAUUUUGUCCCGGAACAUCCAUGCAACCAUACUGACGCUUCACUUGAAGAACAAAGACUUUUAUUGAUCGAUGAAACCAAAAAGGCAAGAAGCAACAUGGUGGUCAUAAGUGAAAAAAUGGAAUUAACUUUUUCCCUGAGGAGAAAAGAAGUGGUAGAAGAUCAACCAAUGGUUGUAGACGUGCAACAGAGGUGGCCUGCACUUUUUCUCCAGGAACAGAUUGCUGAGGAAUUCUUCAGAAUCACGAAUAAAGACCUUCUUGACGUCUUCAGGGCAGCAACAGACAGAUUUACACCUAAGCUCUUGAAAGUAUACAGAGCUCGAAAAGCUGCAUUUGGAGAGGAUAUGGAACAGCUCCUAGAAAGACUUGAUGAAAGGAUGACAGAUAUUGGUAAUCACAGAAGGACUACUGCUUUGAAAGGCCUGCCUUUGUUUCUUCGAGAGGACCCAAACAAGCUGUUCAAGACAUGCAAAGACACCGAAGAUGGGGCAAAAGGAGUGUCUAUUGCCAUUCUGUGUGUUUUGGAAGAUGACACCCAGGCGACAUCACCCGAGGUGGUAAACAUUGCUGUGGUGUUGGAGCAGGUCGUCGUUUUGAAAGAUCUCCCAGAUAUUUCUACUGCUCUUGCAUACCUUUUUGGCCUUCUGUAUGCAUUAAACAUGUCCUAUCCUCAAGCUCUUAAGUACACUUUUGACACCAUUCAGAAUGUUUUCAUGGAGCUGGGAUCUGGAUGCACCAAACGUGUGCUUUCUCUGAAGAACAAACUGUUGUAAAGAAAAUCAGAACAGUGUUUUGGCAUCCUUUUUGAUGUUCAUUUGUUACAAGACACUUUGAUACAAGGUCUGUUUUUUUUUUUUUUUUUUUUGCAUCUCUAUUUCUUGUUACAGGUGUCAAACUUUUCCAAAUGCACCAAUUGUGUGCUUUCUCUGAAGAACAAACUGUUGUAAAGAAAACCAGAACAGUGUUUUGGGAUCCUUUGUGGCAUUCAUUUGUUACAAGACCUAAAGUGCGCUUGGAUACAAGAUCUGCAGUUUUUUUUUUUUGCAUCUCUAUUUCUUGUUACAGAUGUCAAACUGUUCCAAAUGCACCAAACGUGUGCUUUCUAUGAAGAACAAACUGUUAUAAAGAAAAUCAGAACAGUGUUUUGGGAUCCUUUUUGAUGUUCAUUUGUUACAAGACCUAAAGUGCGCUUGCCUGGAUACAAGGUCUGCGUUUUUUUUCAUCUCUAUUUCUUGUUACAGAUGUCAAACUGUUCCAAAUGAACCAAACGUGUGCUUUCUCUGAAGAACAAACUGUUGUAAAGAAAAUCAGAACAGUGUUUUGGGAUCCUUUUUGAUGUAUCCAAGCGCACUUUAGGUCUUGUAACAAAUGAACAAGGUAUGUUUUUUGUUUUUUUGCACCUCUAUUUCUUGAUACAGGUGUCAAACUGUUCCAAAUGCACCAAUUGUGUGCUUUCUCUGAAGAACAAACUGUUGUAAAAAAAUCAGAACAGUGUUUUGGGAUCCUUUGUGGCAUUCAUUUGUUACAAGACCUAAAGUGCAACUUGGAUACAAUGUGAUUCUUUUGGUUGGCAUCUUUUUCUUGUCGUCAGAUGUCAGACUGUUCUUAAUGUGUUUUAUAAUUGUAAUUUUGUAUUACAGCAUACCAUACCAGGUUAGUGGUUGCAGUAAGCAUGUCUGUUCUUAUAUAAGGAUGUUUAAAAUUGAAAUUGAUAAAGGGAUAGUUCAUCAAAAAGUGAAAAUUGUCACAUUUUGUCACUCUUAUUUUCUUACAAACCUCUAUAAAUGGCCAAGUUCCGAGGAACAUGAAGAAGAAUGCUUUGAGGAAUGUUUGUAACCAAACGUUCAUGUGCCCCAUUCACUUUUAUAGUAGGAAAAAGAAUACUAAAGAAAUGAAUGAGGUUCAUGAUCUGUUUGGUUACAAACAUUCUUCAAAAUAUCUUAUGUUCAUCAGAACAAAUACAUUUAUACAGGUUUGUAACAUCAUGGGAGUAAGAAAAUGACACAAUUUUCAAUUUUGGGUGAACUAUCCUUUUAAAUAAAACUGUACAAGUGUUUUAAAUGUUGGUUUAAAUGUGGUAAUUUGAAAGGUUUUAGAUUACGGAACAUGUCAAGAUAUUAAAAACAUUUUAUUGUUGGAUACAAAGAAAAAUCCUAAAUUGAUACAGUACCAACAAGUUUUAUGCUGUUUUUGUGUACAGUUGAGUGAUUUUAUGAGAAAUUGUAUUGCACUGAUUUUUGUUGCUGUUAAAAAUGGUCUGUAUGCUUAUUGUAUGCAAAGUUUAAGUUCCUACUGAAGAUCUUUGUGCAGCUGCUGUGUCACAACUUUAAAGAAAAGUUAAAUAUUGUGAACAGAGUUUGGGCUUUUGUAGCAUCUUAUUUCUAAUUGAAAUAAAUGAUGAUGAUAAGUAAAUGGUUUAUGUCUUUAUUUUGCCAAUUGAAAACUUUUCAUCCACAAAACAUAAAAAAGCUAAUUAACUGAACAACAGCAAUUGUGGUGACACAAAUAUCAUUAUUAGGAAAAUUAAAAAAUCUGAAUUGCGUAAACAAGCAAGUGUUAGUUGGCUAACAUGCAUAAUAAUUUGGCUAAUUGAAAAUUCUUCAUCCACAGAACAUAAAAAAGCAAAUUAACUGAACAAUAGCAAUUGGUGUAAAACAAAUAUCUUAAUUAGGAAAAUUUGAAAAUCAGAAUUGCAAAAACAAGCAAGUGUAAGUUGGCUGAACAUCGUAUUAUUACUAUGUGUAAUUAUUAAAAAUACAUUGAGACAAUACAAAAGUCUUAAUGCAUCAGGUUGACUGACUUUUUUACGUUUUCGCAGCAAUUUUUUUUUUACAGUGCAUGUACCCAUCCUCUGAUUGGGAUGUGGUGGAACGGGAGCUUUGUGCCCUGGAUGUGCAUCCCACAAAUCUUCAUCAACUGCAAGAUGCUAUCCUAUCAAUAUGGGCCAACAUUUCUAAAGAAUGCUUUCAGCACAUUGUUGAAUCAAUACCAUAUGGAAUUAAGGCAGUUCUGAAGGCGAAAGGUGGUCAAACUAGUAUGGUGUUCCUUUAGGUGA